AUGAAAGACCGACUUCAAGAACUAAAGCAAAGAACAAAGGAAAUUGAGCUCUCUAGAGACAAGGAUGUGUCGACUACAGAAGCAGAGGAACAAGGGGUGUUUCUGCAGCAAGCUGUUAUUUAUGAAAGAGAGCCUGUAGCUGAGAGACACCUACAUGAGAUACAAAAACUACAGGAGAGUAUUAACAACUUGACAGAUGAUGUUCAAAAAUUUGGGCAGCAACAGAAAAGUCUGGUGGCUUCUAUGAGAAGGUUUAGUCUACUUAAGAGAGAGUCUAGCAUUACAAAAGAGAUAAAAGUCCAAGCAGAACACAUUAAUAGACGUUUGGAUGAUUUAGUAAAAGAAGUUAAGAAGUCAGAGGAUGAAAACGGUCCAUCAUCAGUGGUCACAAGGAUACUUAAAUCUCAGCAUGCUGCGAUGUUCCGCCAUUUUCAGCAAACUAUGUUUCUAUACAAUGACACAAUAGCAGCAAAGCAAGAGAAGUGCAGGACAUUUAUUUUCCGUCAGCUUGAAGUUGCUGGAAAAGAAGUGCUGGAAGAAGAGGUAAAUGAUAUGCUUCAUCAAGGAAAAUGGGAAGUUUUUAAUGAAAGCUUACUUCGAGAAAUCAGUAUCACUAAAGCACAACUCUCAGAGAUGGAACAGAGACACAAAGAAUUUGUUAAUUUGGAGAACCAAAUAAAGGAUUUAAGGGACCUUUUCAUUCAGAUAUCUCUUUUAGUAGAGGAACAGGGAGAAAGCAUCAACAAUAUUGAAAUGAUAGUGAAUGGCAUAAAAGAGUAUGUUAACACUACUAAAGAAAAAUUUGGACUAGCUGUAAAAUACAAAAAAAGAAAUCCUUGCAGGGUAUUGUGUUGCUGGUGUUGUCCAUGUUGUGGCUCAAAAUAA